AUGUUUAGUCGCCUAGUGAAGUACACCAAGGGUGACACCUACCAGGACCUAGAUGCAACCCAAGGGGAGAGAAUUGACAUGGACAUCACUGACCCUGCGAUGAGGGAGUUUGCAGGCCUAACCCCAACAGGAAGUAGCAGUGGUGAAUUCUCCCAUGUUGGAGAAGGAGGUAUACUUGAUAUGCAUCAACGGAGAGGCACUGGGUCCACGAUAGAACCGUCAGAAGAAACAUACAGCAUACAGCAGGCUAUCGACAACAUUGGCUUUGGGAAGUUCCAGAUUAAACUCUCCAUCCUUACAGGAUUUGCUUGGAUGGCAGAUGCUAUGGAGAUGAUGAUACUUGCCAUUUUGUCUCCAGCUUUACACUGCGAAUGGCAGCUAGAGAGCUGGCAACAGGCCCUCAUCACCACGAUUGUGUUCUGCGGGAUGUUCUGUAGUUCAAGUUUCUGGGGUAGCGUGUGUGACAAGUAUGGUCGUAGAUCUGAGCUGAUUCUGUGUUCCGUGUUCACCUGUUACUUCGGUAUCCUUAGUGCUUUCUCACCGACCUUUAUAUGGAUGCUGAUCCUAAGAGGACUUGUAGGCUUCGGUAUAGGCGGAGCUCCACAGUCUGUAACCCUGUAUGCUGAGUUCCUGCCUUCAUCAUCGAGAGCAAGAUGUGUAGUGUUAGUUGAGAUAUUCUGGGCUAUUGGUGCUUGUUUUGAGGUGCUACUGGCACUCGUAGUCAUGCCAACACUAGGCUGGAAAUGGCUGCUGGGACUCUCUGCAUUGCCAUUGUUGCUGUUUUCUCUUUGCUGUUUCUGGUUACCAGAAAGUGCUAGGUAUGAUAUGUGUCGCGGCCAGCCUGAUAAAGCCUUAGCCACACUAGAGAGGAUUGCUAAGGAGAAUGGCAAGCCCAUGCCACUGGGCAGACUAGUGGAACCAUCGAUGAAAGCUACGAACAGAGGAAGUAUAAAAGACCUGUUUAUACCAGAAUUAAGAAAAACUACAAUACUUUUAUGGGUUAUAUGGUUUGUGUCAGCUUUCUCCUACUAUGGUAUUGUUCUGAUGACUACAGAAUUAUUUGAAAUCUCUGAUGGUUGCCAUGGUUCAGAGAUCAAAGCCAAGGCACCAUGCUUCCUUAAGUGUAAUGGCCUUAAUACAGGAGAUUACAUAGAUCUGACCUGGACUACCUUCGCUGAGUUUCCAGGUUUGUUUGUCACCGUAGUGGUUAUAGAGAAGAUUGGAAGGAAGUAUACAAUGGCUAUGGAAUUCUUUGUCUUUACUGUUUUUGUUCUGCUGUCUAACAUAUGUACAUCAAGGCCUGUCUUGACGUUCUUCCUAUUUGUAGCCAGAGCUUUUAUAUCUGGAGCCUUCCAGGCAGCUUACGUAUAUACACCUGAGGUCUACCCUACCUCUAUGAGGGCUAUUGGACUGGGUUGCUGUAGUGCUAUGGCAAGAGUUGGAGCUAUCAUUACACCUUUUAUAGCACAAGUGUUGCUGAGAUCAUCAUCCUACAUGGCCAUUUCCACCUACGGUGUGAUAGCCCUGGUGGCCACUGCCGUGUCUGUUUUGUUACCCAUAGAAACUAAGGGAAGGGAGAUGAAGGACACAAGUCAUGAGGUUCAGACCACUUCUACCAGAUGA